AUGGCAAACCUUGCCCAGGAGGAAGCCGACCGCUUCUUCAAUUACAAGCCCAGUCCUACAUCUCACCCAGACGACAAAGACUAUGACAGGGAGGAAGUAGAUUCAGAGAACGAGAAGUCUCGUACCCGGAUAAUACGCUCAAGCAGGAAGCAAGAAUUCGACGAGGACGAGGACACUGACGACGAACACGCAACCAAUAUGGGUACCACGACAGGCACUAAAAAUUCCUACACCCUCCCAUCAACGACCCAUUACGCAAAUACAGGUCCCAAAGGUGUGAUAGCGGAUGCACAGAAUUAUCACAAGGCGAGAAGAAGCACGUUCAGAAGAACAAUCCACAGCAUAACGGACACCCUAUCCUUCGGCCAGAAACAGAGGACGACGCCGAUAUUACCAGAGAAACACAUGCGCAACGGCAACUCCUCAGGCUCAGACGUCGACCUCGACGACGACGACGAAUUCAUGGACCGGUGGCGUCAGCAGCGACUCGAAGAGCUGCAAUCGCAGUUUUCGUCAGGGAACCAAUCACGACCCUAUUCCCCUGCAAGACGAACGUACGGCACAUUAGACCAAGUCGAUGCGAACGGCUAUCUCAAUGCGAUAGAGAAUGUCCCGAAGGAGACGAACGUGGUGGUGUUGCUGCACGACCCCAAUAACGAGGAUAGCGUAGAAGUCGAGGAUGAGCUGAAGAUGAUGGCAUACAAGUGGUCGCAUAUUCGCUUCGUUAAGCUGCAUCAUGAGAUUGCGGAGAUGGAGACGGUGGAUAUACCAGCGAUAUUGGCGUAUAGGGGAGGAGAUGUCUUUGCUACGAUUAGUGGUGCAGAGAGGGAGGGGUUGGAAGGGAUACUGAGGUCUCAGGGUGUGCUUACCAGCCAAGAGGAGUUGCACUUCGACCAGGGGGCGUACAGGCGCCAGCAUGCAUUGGCGUUCUUGCGAUGUCGACGCCAGCAGAAAAUUCGACAAGGACAAAGCAAAACGACCAACUGA